UCGUCUUCGGCCACGUCGUCAUCGUACGGCGGAUCUUCGAUGGCAAUGGGUGGUGGCAACAUCCACCACAGCAGUGGCAAUCACCAUCACCAUCAGCAGCAGCAACAGCAGCCACAGCAACAGCAGAAUGGCCACAUUCACCACGGUGGCCAUGGUCACGGUCAUCACGGGUCGUCCAACCACGGCCAUGGUGGUAGUGGAGGCCAUGCAGCAGCCAGCGGUGGCUAUCAUGCUGGUGGCAGCAACAAACAGCAGACGAUCACAAUCCACGAUACACCGUCGCCGACGGCGGUCAUAACGAUUUCGGACAGCGAAGAUGAGACACCGGAAGUGAAACACGGUGCGUCGUCAUCGUCGUCGACGAAGGCAGUGCACCAAUCGUCGACAAGCUGCCACCGUAACGGCAGUGGCCAAUCGUCCUCGUGUCGUGGUGCCGGCAACGGUGGAUGCGGCGUUAAGACGUCCUCCUCCUCUUCCAGCCUUGCCCACAACGGGUCAUCGGGCAGUGGGGGCCACCAACAUCCGCAGCAUCAGCAGCAACAGCAGCAACAACAACAACAGUACCAUCUGCAACCUCCGGCUCACCAGCAUAUGAGCGUGAUCAGUAACACGGCAAAUAGUGGAGCUCCCUGCGGUGGUUCCACUGGGAGCAGUAGCCGCCAGCGUAAGUCGACGGCUGUAUCGUCCUCGGCGACUACGACGGCCUGUGUCACGGUGGGUGAUAGCGAUGGUGAGAGCGAGCGGCGCAGUCCCAAACAUCAGCCGAUCAAGUACGAACAGCAUGCGGGACAGUCGCAGAAGAAGCGUCUCCUGGCGAUGGCUCAGAACGAGUGUUUGCUGCUGCCAUCAUCGUCCUCCGGACAACCGCUGCACGUACCGAAGCAGGAACCGAGUGAGUUCGUCCCGUACGAAUAUCCUUCCCAGCAGCAGCAACAGCAACAGCAGCAGCAGCAAAUCGAUAAGCGAUCGUCUUGGGCCCCUCCAACGAUGGGUUCUUCGUCGUCCUCGUCGCAUUACGGGCACAAGCGCGAAUCGUCCUCGUCGUACAUGCCUUCGUCAUCGUCGUCCUCUUCCGCGGCAGCAGCGGCAGCGGCCGCCGCAGCAGCAGCAGCAGCUGCCGCCGUUGGUGCAGGCAGUUGCCAUGGUGGUUCGAUUGGACACGCUCCACCGCCGCCGCCCCAUGCCCAUGCUAAGAGCACCCCGACCGGUGCCACUUCCUGGGGUGCCCCGACACCGGCCGUCUAUCGUCAGCACCAGCCGAGCGCCAACACUCCGCUCGGUAGCUCGCCGGGCGCCAUUCUGCAGCAGCACCACCAUCAGCAGCAGCAACAGCAGCAACAGGACAUCUACGCCCAGGGCGACAUGUACCGUCGAUCGGCGGUCUUCGUUUCGCAGGCGGCCGCCCCCUAUCAGACCGCUUACAAUCGCGUCGUACCGCCGCCGGCGCACAACGCCUCGAGCCGCCAGGUACGCAAGACUCCACUGAGCACCAGCUCGCCGUAUGCGAUGAAGGACACGGCCACCGAGCGGUUCCCGUCGUUCCCGUUGCAGGUUCUGCCCACGCACCCGCUGCCGGCGCACAUCCAGUUCCCCACGGCACAGUACGGCCAGUUUGGACCGCUCAGUCCGGCCCAGAUUGCCAACAAACACCACUACGCUUGGUUUGGCGAGUAAAGUGCUGCAGAUUUGUUGGCGGAUCGAGAGGCUUGAUGGGUGAUCGUGAUCGUCAUCCCUCACCGAGAGUGGUCGCGUUUUGUAGAGGGUGAUCAGCGCUCUGUUUUUAUACUUUUGUUAGCGUUUAUUUCGGUAUGGGAAGCUUCACCGCACGGCCCGCGCACCUCAUGAACCAUUGUAGCAAAUGGUGUGUAGCAUCAUAAUUAGCGUUAGGGGAAGCAAAACAGUUGUAAUUUUUUUUGUUUAUUUUUAUAUUUUUUUCUCUUUUCGCUCCAUUUUGUGUCCUUCGGCUCGUCGAGGGCAAGCUCGUCGCGUUUAGGUUGCACUAGAUGUGUUCCCCGAUUGGCGUCCGCUAUUGCGUGUUCUCUAUCGCUCAUGCUACUCUAACCAGGAGACAGUAGUACUAUCUGUAUUUGCAUGUGUAUUGGCCGUCUAUUGACUAAGAAAAGCAUGUCCUUGAUGGGUCCACAAUGGCUGGCUUCUGGGGAAAACUAAGGCAAAGGAAAGGUUUAAUUUGGCGAACGUGAGCGGCGGCCCAGGCGGGGCUAGGAUCAAGAGCAAAAGCAGAAACUUCUUUUUGUACAUACAAAACGAACUGAUACGGGGUUUCGCGAAGCGGUGGUGCACCUACCUACUGCCACCCGGCAACGGUGAGUGGCCAUCGUCUUUGCGCGGGAAGUAUACUUGAAUGUAAGUUGCAAGGGUUCCCGAGGGUUUUGUGUAUAUUAAACUAAUUGCCUCUCGUCAUGCGUUUUGUACGGAGAGCGAUUCUUUUUCUAUAAUCCUUCAUUUUUCUAGUGUAGUCACUGCGAGAGGUUUUUAGUUUUGCAAAACAGUACACAAAAUGGGUUAACUAAGAAUCACGUAGAACAGAGAGAGAGAGGAGCGUGUGGUGUAAAAGUUUUCAAAAUAGUUUGUACCUGCUCAAAACAGAAAACAGAAAUUGUUCACAAACUCGGUGUGUAAACGGAGGAGAGAGACAGAGUUAUACGGCUCCACGUCGUAUAAUGAUUAUGGCUAAAUGUGCGAGAAGUAAAUUGUAAAAAUUACGCAUUUAUGUUGAUUUUGGAAAGGUAUCAAUCCAAGCACAGAGAAUAGCAGAAGCUGCUCUGCUGCGUAUGUAAACUUACAAAUUGUAGGAGCCACGCAGAGUCGUAAAAUUUCGUUUGGAGUGAAAGUAAAGAUGUGUGUUUUAUCUAAAGUAUCGUCCGAUCGUGUCUCUUUAAAAUACCGACCCAAAUCACAUUUUUUCUAAACCUUGUAUUGGGCACAAGGUCUUCCUUGUGCGGCAUGUGUAAGGAAAUGUCCCUUAAUUUCCAAUUCCCCAAAGUCUGCCGAAUCCGUUUGUUUGUCAGCUUCUUGUAAGCGAGG